AUGACGUCAUCAUCCCUACGUCAUUGUGAUGACGUCAUGAAGAGUUUUGGCGAUGAUCAUAAUAAUGAAAACAACGCAUCGGCUACUGAUAACAAUCAUGAUAUGAUGACUGAUGAUGAUGACCGUGAUGAUGGUGAAAGUAAUAGUUUUCCUAUUGCAGAACAAAAUACUACUACUAAUACUACCACUACUACUACUAAUAAUAAUAAUAAUAAUAAUAAUAACGAUAAUAAUAACGGUACCAACGCUUCAGCUGGCGUGAAAAAUUUCUCACGAGGUGCAAGAAAAAAUAUAACAACGGUUGACAUAGGCGUUGAUGUUUUCGUCGAUCCUGACUUAAGGAGUGCCAACAACUACAGCGGCUCAUCAGAUUUUGGCAACGACAACAGCAGCAGAGACGGCCGUAGCAGUAGCAGCAGCAGCUGCAAAAUCGGAACUGACGAUAAAAUUGUCGGAAUCUACCUAAGCAAGACGGACUCGGUGACUAAAACUAAUCUACUACCUGCAUUCCUAUCCCAAAAUAACGACUUCAUCGAUUUUGCUAGCUUGAUCAUGCCAACAACAGCAACUACUACACGUGAUAAAAACAUCAACAUCAUAGCAGCAACAACAACACUUAACAGCAAUGUAACAGCAACAACUUACAACAACGACAACGGUUUAAAUCCAGAACCUAGAUCCUUAAUAACGUUUAACGAGACCAAGAAGAAUGUCGCUACUAAUAACUCUACAUCAUCGACAUUGGCACGACGACAGCGCGUGUUAACAGCUGACACAAAAACUGGAUCGAAUGCAAUGCUAAAUGAUUCGGCAAACGUUAUUACACACACAGUAGUGGCGAAAUCUCACAAAGUGGCACCCGUGAAGAGUUCCAGUAUGGAGGAUUUUUCUGAUGCUAUUACUUCAUGUACACCAGCAGUAGGAUCGAAAACGGCAUCCACAACAAUAUCCACAACUACAACAACAACAACGUCAACAACAAUACCAACAGUUGUACUCUCACCAAGGACCACGCCAAUUUGUUCGUGCGUGCAUCAAUGUGGUCUGCCUGGCUUUCUCCCAGCACCCCCCAAUAUGUUCUUACAACAGCAACAACUUAACAACAACAACCUUUUUGACAACAACAACAACAUCUCAACAUUCGUAAACAACUACUCUAUACCGCAACCUAACCAAAUGAUGACUCCUUAUUUGGCCCAUCCUUACUAUUCAGGUUCUUUUACUGGACCCCCAAGUAACUUCAUUCCUAUUGGUCCGCCACCACAAGCCCCUGUUCUAUUUUCAGCUCCGUUCGGGGAUUUCCAAUCCACCUGGGAAUUCCAACAGCAACAGCAAUUUUUACAGCAGCAACAACAACAGCAGCAACUCCUCUUACAACAACAACAACAAAAUUUUCAUCCGCAACAACAACAUCUAUUGAAACCACAAAAUUUCCAACAACAACUCAUGAUGUCUCCAAUGUUAUUACCAUCAUCGUCGUCGUCAUCGUCAUAUAAUGCCAACUGCCUGAAUCACGACUACUCCAAAAACCACAACAUCAACACUGAUAAUGACGUCAUCAACAACAACAACAACAGUACCAUCAUCAGCAACAACAUUAACAGCAACAAUAGCAAAUCAUUCAACCAUAUCAUUACAUCUACUUCAACUACUGCUAACAACAUUAGCUUUAUAAGUAACAUCAACAACAAUAAUAAUAAUAACAACAACAAUAAUAAUAUUAAUAAUAAUAACAGUCUUAACGGUAAUAGUUAUAUGAAUGGUUCAAUGAUUCCCGACACAGCAAUGAACAACAAUAAUAAUAACAAUGUAUAUAGAAGAAAUAAUAACAAUAAUAAUAACAAUGUUGCAACUACUACUACAACUACUAAUAUUAAUAAUAACAAUAAUAAAGAUGAUGAAGAAGAUGAUGGGAUGGAUGAGUCAGAUGAUAUGGUAAUGAGUAACAGCGUCACAACUUAUUUGAACAUGUGA